GCUAGGUUUCGACAGAAAGGACAAUGAUGACGACCAUAGAAGCUACCCCACCCCUCCAACCACCGUCACGGCCACCACCGCACUACGAAACCCCUUUACGCCGCUCACCUUCUUCUUGUCCUCAUCAUAAUCUCUACAUCCACUAUGUUCUCUACUCACUCAACCACCAACCCUACCUCUCCUCCUCCUGAGCACUGCCGUCGCUGGCAGGGAGCCAAGCCCGUCCCUCUCGCAGUCUCCCUUGUCGUCGGCCUCAUCUUCCGCUUCGCAGUCCCGAAGCCCGCCCACCUCUCCAAGCAAGCCUGGCAGCUCCUCGCAAUCUUCCUGGCCACCAUGACCGGUCUAAUUCUCGGCCCCUUGCCUGUAGGCGCGUGGGCGCUUGUUUGCCUCACGGUCUCCUUGCUCACCAAAACGCUAACCCUAUCCGCCGCCUUCGCCGCCUUCACCAAUGAGGUGAUUUGGCUGAUCGUUGUAUCGUUCUUCUUCUCCCGAGGCCUAGUCAAGACGGGGCUGGGCGAUAGGGUUGCUCUCUACUUCGUGAAGCUGCUCGGGAAGAGCACCCUGGGCUUAGCUUAUGGUCUGGUGUUGUGCGAACUGCUUGUAUCGCCGGCGGUGCCGAGCACCACCGCCAGAGCGGGCGGCAUUUUCUUGCCUCUUAUCAUGUCGUUGUCGUUAUCAGCCGAUAGCCGCCCCAACCACGCCUCGGCCAAGAAGCUCGGUGCUUUUCUUAUCCAGUCCCAACUUCAGCAUGGUCCUAUGUUUUUCUCUGCUUCAGCAUAUACCAAAUUUUGUGGAUAUUGCAGCCUGUUCUAUUCUAUGUUAUGUCAUGUUUCUGGUGUUAAUUAUCAUCAUGCUCAAAACCUGCUGUGUGUCAAAUUAGCUCAGAGUCUUGGGGUUAAAAUUGCAAAUCCAUGGGUUACUUGGUUUAAAGCUUCAAGUUUACCUGCAUUAAUCUCUCUUUUCAGCACACCUAUUAUCCUAUUCAAGCUUUAUCCCCCUGAGAUUAAGGAGACACCAGAUGCUCCUGCCAUGGCCACACAGAAACUGGCACAAAUGGGUCCUGUCUCGAAGAUUGAGUGGGCAAUGGUGGGUACCAUGCUUAUUACAGUUGCAUUAUGGAUUUCUGGAAAGACUCUUGGAAUAGCAACUGUUGUUACUGCAAUGCUGGGAUUGUCACUACUUCUUUUGUUGGGGGUGCUUCAUUGGGAUGAUUGCUUGAGUGAAAAGACAGCAUGGGAUACCAUGGUUUGGCUUGCAGUCCUAAUAGGCAUGGCAGGACAACUGACAACCCUCGGUGUUGUGCCUUGGAUAUCUGAUGGUGUGGCCAAAUUCCUUAAAUCUCUGUCAGUGGGUUGGCCAGCUGCUCUUUGUAUCCUUCAGGCUGCAUAUUUCUUCAUUCACUAUCUAUUUGCAAGUCAAACUGCCCAUGUCGGAGCUUUGUACCCUGCAUUUCUUGCAAUGCACCUGGCUUCAAAAGUCCCUGGUUUAUUAGCUGCACUAGCGUUGGCCUAUAAUACUAAUUUAUUUGGUGCAUUAACGCAUUAUAGCAGUGCCCAGGCUGCAGUAUAUUAUGGAGGUGGUUAUGUAAAGCUUCCUGCUUUUUUUCGACUGGGAAUUUCAAUGGCCCUGAUCAACAUAGUUACAUGGGGGUUAGUUGGAACUCCUUGGUGGAAGAUUUUGGGGCUUUAUUAAUGUUGAUUAUGAAAGUAAAAUGUAAUUUCCUAUGUUUUAUGUAUUUUCUUGUUAGCGCAUUGAGCUCAUGUAUGAUGAUCUUCCUCCCCGCUAACAAGAAAAGAAAAAGAAGGAAAUGGAAAUUGCAAUUUCAGUUCAAUUUCAAUUAAAUUGGCGAGAGAGAGAGAGAAUUGUAUUACUUUCAACUGUAAAAAACACUAUUAUUUAUGAUGAUCUCUUGUAUUCAUGUCAACAUAUUUAUUGUUUAAAGUCUUAAAAACGCUCUAUUUCGCUAGUGUUAUUUUUUAGUCCAUAC